CCAAGGCGGAAGGAGCGGCUCCGCCGCCCUCCGCUCGCUUCUCCUGCGGCCGCCCGGCUGCCCUUUUCCGCCCGGCUGAAGCACACGUCGGUCCGUCAGCUCGCUGCCGCUAUGCUGGGUGUCGCGGAGCCGGCGAAAGGGGAAGUACCUUAUAGUCUGCUUGCCUAAUCUCCAUCUUGCUACUCUGAUCAGAAGAAUAUUGUGGGAGGCAGUCUUGCUCAAGCAAACAUGAGAUCAGUGUCAGAAGAGCCAGUACCAUUGCACGAAGAAUUUAUCUACUGUUGUGGAGCUGCUACCCAUGUUUUAAAGUGUGGGCCCUGGAAAGACCUCUCAAAGGAUGAAAGUAAAAAUCUACCCAGGCUCUUGUUCAUGAUUAUUCCUGGUAACCCUGGGCUGGCAGGUUAUUACAGGACCUUUAUAAAGGCGUUAUAUUGUGGACUAAAUCAGCAAUAUCCCGUCUGGGUUGUGAGCCAUGCUGGACACUGUAAGCCUCCUAGUGGUAUGGAGAUGAUAGAAGACACAGACAUUAAGGAGCUGGAGGAUGUGUUUGGACUUAAUGGACAAGUAGAACAUAAGCUGAACUUCCUUAAAAAGAACGUAUCUAAAGAUAUAAAGCUGGUACUGAUUGCUCAUUCUAUUGGUUGCUACAUCACACUGGAGAUGAUGAAGCGAGCAUCAGAACUUCAGGUCCUCCGCUCCGUGCUGCUGUUUCCCACGAUAGAGCGCAUGGCCCAGUCCCCACAGGGCAAGCUGAUGACCCCGCUGCUGUGCAAGCUGCGCUAUGCCCUCUACAUGCCCGUCUACCUGCUGUCCUUCCUGCCCGAGGGCGUCAAGGCCUCCCUCGUGCGCUUUGCUCUGCGGGGCAUGAAGACCUGCGAUGAAUCUUCCAUAACGACCUCCGUAAAUCUCUUCAGCGUGGAUUGCAUCGCCAACAUCUUGUAUAUGGCCAGCCAAGAAAUGAUGAAGGUUGUGGAGAGAGACAGUACAACCAUAAAGCAAAACUUAAAGAAGCUGAUUUUUUACUAUGGAACUGGAGACAGCUGGUGUCCACAGAACUACUACGAUGAGAUCAAAAUGGAUUUUCCAGAUGGGGACAUUCGACUUUGUGAGAAAGGGCUCCGCCAUGCGUUCGUGCUGGAUGCCAGCAAGGAGAUGGCUGCCAUGAUUACGGACUGGUUACGGGAUGAUCUGACCAAAUUAUAAACAACGAUUCAGUGAUUAACAAGAAAACGAUGUAAUUAUUUUGUGAACGUGUAAUUUUUUGUGAGAGAGUCUGUCCUAUCUUUUUUUUUUUUUUUCUGUUUACUACAGAUUAUGGCUUGUUUUCUACUGAGAAGUUUUAGAGAAAGUUAAAGAGAGACUGGCUGGUCCAAAAUAUAGUUUUAUCGAUUUAAUGGUGAUGUACUUUGAUCCUGUGUCUUCAGCACUCUGAAAGACUUGGAAAAGUGUGGGAUAUUUAUUGUCUCCUAGCACUCUAGACAACACUGAUACUAGAUUGACUGACUAGAAGUGCAGCUGAGUUACUGCCACCUCAGCUGCUUGCUGAAGAGACAUCAGGGCUGGAUUUAGGGCAGCCCGGUUGGUCUGGUUUAAAAAGAAAUAUCAUGCUACUCCAUAUGGAUAAAAAUUCCCCUGUGGGAACUGAUCCUGGUGUGCUCUGAAACCUCUGACCCUCUCCACCCAUUUCAUCUCUGUGUAUCCCUGGCACAGUAGUGAGUGCAAGAGUAAUAGACAGCCAGAACAGCCCAGGGCCCAGCAUUAUCUCCUUCGGGUGGGAUAGGGCUGUUGGCUUCAGAGAUCAGGCUGAGGUCAGGCUUUUUAUGAGGGAGAUGUGAAGAUGAGGUGAAGACAAGAUCCUCCAAAUCUCAGAUGGGGCUCAGAGUGCUGCCAGAACUCCACGGUGUGUUAAAUAUAACGUAAGGUAAGUGUGGCCUCUCAGCUGGGGAAUAUAUUUGGAGCCUUUGGUUCAAAUUUUCUGAUUGUAAAGAAAGUAAAGGAGCCUUGUCACAGGUGCCAGUGUUACGAGUUUGAAGUGGAUUCAGAAUCCAUGUGUAACUACUUGUAAGUGUCCUAGCUCUCUGAGCUGUCCUUCUCAUAAUGAAGCCUGUGGGAAUGGUGUUUGCUCAGCAACUUUGAAGAAUUAAAUCACUUUUGAUGCAUGUCUGAAUUUCAGUUCUUUGCUCCAAGGACUGAAGCAUGAAUUUUUCUGCCAAGCCACGGAUUAGAUAAGUGAGAAAAUGGCUGUUCUGCCAUCAUUGCACCCAUGAAAGUGCAUGAAAUAUUAGUAUGUAGGACCAGGUCCCAUCUGUAUUACACUGAUGACAAGUAUUCUGUUCCUCACAUUUCUUCAUCCCUCUCCUUUACAGAUAGGGGAAAAAAAAAUGCAGAAACAUUCUAUGAGCUGUGAUAAUACAAGUUGUGAUAAUACAAGAGGUUAAAGCCUAAUGCUAGAAAUGAAAGCAACAUAAGUAAGGAGAACAGAGCCAAGUGCAAUCAGGAAAGGAUUUCUACCUGUGAACCUGUGAAACAGUCCCUGUAGAGUAGAGACAUUUAUAAAGAGAUAAAUAAAUAGAAACACUAUAGAACAUAGUGACAGGAAGUCUUGUCCUAGCAACCAAAUGAAUUUACAUGAUGCAUUAAGUAUCUACCUUGCACAAGCAAUUAGCAGUAUUAAUGUGGUACUACUGAGAACGGUGCUAGAGAGCAUUCUCUGCUGCUGUAGGACUGAGUGAUUAACUCCUUGGUUAUCUUACACAAUUGUAUGCACAUCAUCCACUUCUCUCUAGAUCCCACUUCACUCUUUUACUGUUAUUUAGAGCAAUGUGUAGAAUUCAGUUUCUGGAUAUUGUGGACCAAUUCUCAAACCUGCUGACAGCCAGUGGAUUUAAGUGCCCUUUUUUGCAGUUUGCCUUUGGAGACUAGCCAGUGGCUUUUCAGACUACACUGCCACAUAACAAAACAGACAGUGAUGUUUGGGGCAGAAAUGCUGAAACCCCUAUCAGAUGUGUCCAAAGUGAAGAAUCUGUGCCUGUGCAACUGAUUCGGGUUAGCAGGGAGCCCUGGGACGUUCCUUCUUUCCUCAGGGCUCUAAUCAGUGAUGAUUGAAACAAUUCCUGUGCUCGCUUUGGAAAUCCACAGUUCUGUGUGUCUGUGUGUCCGUCUGUCUGGUCUAGCAGCCCCCAGGUGUUGGCAUGCAGUUCUGUUGGGCAUCCUUCUUACUGACAGAUGCAAAGUGCAUUGGCUGGCCUGGGCAUUCCCUGUAGCAGUGAGGAUGUGUGUUUGCAUCUAUGUGUGUACGUAAACAUCUUUGUAUACAUGUUUAUACACACACGUAAUGCGCGUGUGUAGGUUAGCAACAUAAAGAAUGCAAUCAGUUUGGUCAGUUUGGUUUACACAUUGAUACUGUCGGAGAAAACAUUUGUUCUUUGCAAUGCGUGGAAUUGGGAAUUGAGCACGGAAUCAGUCUGUAAAAAUUCAGCUGUUGUAGUGGAGGACAGAAAAAAUCUUGCAUUAACCAAAGAUGACAAGCAGCUAUUACAGCCCGGGAACUGAAGUACCUAUCAGAGGCAGUUGUUUACAGUGCAUUAUUCGUAUACUUUGUAUGAGCAAUUAAUUUAGCAAUACUUGUACUUGUGUGUUCCUUUUAUACAAACGUUAAUCUGUUAUAAAUCCUACUGACUGCAUUAAGACCUAAACUGAGAUGAGACCUGGUCAGCGGUGACCAGAUCAACUGCAGGAUGAUGCCUUACAAUUUUCUUAAAUGAAUUUUCUCUAAGAUGAUUGAAACCAUAGUGAUCCAAUUGCGUCCUUCCUCCUUGAAGCUGUUACUGUAAGGCAAAGAAAAUUUGCUACUCUGUUCAUUGCAAAAAAAAAAAAAAAAAAAAAAAAAGCAUGGAUCUGAUUGUCACAGCUGUGUUUCCUAAGAGCAGUAGAUCUCACAUGAUGGGAAUCCAGUGGUGUUUGCCAUGGCCCGAGGCAAAGAGUGUCAGAAGUGCUUGUGGUCCAAAUGCUCCAACUUGCCAUGAAAACCCGGUGUAAUCUGCCUGUCUUAGACUAUUUUAGAAUUACUGGGAAUCCUAUCACAAAUGCAUUGACCGUAUGCAGUAGCAUCUGAUCUGUGUCGUUCACACUUUUGUGCUUUGUCACCACGUGAGUAAACCUGCUAGCUGCAGUGACUUGGACUCAUGCUCGUGUUUUGCUAGAUCGAUACCUUUUAUGAUAAGUACACAAAUCCAGUAACUAAAAUAAAGACAUUUGUUGUAAAAUGGAA